AUGACCAAGCAAACAUCAGCCUCCCAAAAAAGCCCUGAAAUACUUCAGACCAUCAAAGGGUGGACUGGUAUCCUUGACUAUGAUUUAUACGAUCAAAUGGUGUCCGGGAUGCUCUAUUAUCCCAUGGAUACCGUACUAGUCCAAGCCCGUUUGCGCUGCCGGAAAUUCACUCGAGCGUAUAAUAACAUGGACCUGGCAACGCUGUCACCGCAAGAAGCCCUUGAUCAGCGACUGCAAGAGUUGCGGAAAUUCGUUGGAAAAGUUGGAGAUGGAACGGUUGUUGAGUCUCCAUUCAUGCCUGAUUACGGAUGCAAUGUUUCUAUUGGAGAGAACACCUUUAUCAAUUUCAAUUGCACGAUUCUGGAUACUAGCAUCGUUGUCAUCGGUAAUGGUGUUCAGAUAGCUUCCAAUGUUAGUAUUCUAUCUGCUGGCCAUGAGACAAGUGUUUUGUCCCGGCAGAAGUUUCUUGAAUUUGGGCUUCCUGUCUAUAUCGAGGAUGAUGUAUGGCUGGGUGCAAAUGUCAUUAUUAUGCACGGAGUCACGAUUGGGAAAGGGUCGACAGUGGGAGCAGGCUCGACAGUCACGAAGGAUAUACCACCUUACUGUGUGGUAGUGGGAACUCCAGCUCGAGUGAUCAAGACCAUUCCCACGCCAGAAGAGGAGAUGCUAGAUCCGGAUAAUCCAUUUCGAAAGGCUGUAGCUGUCUGUGGAAAAUAUGCUACGAGCGAUGCUCAAGAAUAG